AUAACACAAUUGACCAAGGGUGAAAUCCAAUUUGCAUAACGUGUAUGUAUAUAUCAUCCCCCUUUCCCCUUUUCAACGUACACAUUCCUAAAAACACACACCAAACCCUAAUCCCAUCAUCUCUCUCUCUCUCUCCAUCUCUCUCCAAUUCAACCUCCAAAUCUGAUGCAUACACACCAAUCAUUCCCUUAAUCAAUGUCAGACCUCGUAAUCACCGACCCCAAGAACCCCCUGGGGACCCCCAGCAGCUCAAGAUCCAUCACCGAGACGGUCAAUGGGUCCCACAAGUUUGUAAUUCAGGGCUACUCUCUGGCCAAAGGCAUGGGGAUUGGCAAGCACAUAGCCAGCGAGAAUUUCACGGUGGGAGGCUAUCAGUGGGCCAUUUAUUUCUAUCCCGAUGGCAAAAACCCCGAGGAUAAUUCCACUUAUGUUUCGGUUUUCAUUGCGUUGGCUAGCGAAGGCACCGAUGUCAGGGCGUUGUUUGAAUUGACUUUGAUUGAUCAGAGUGGGAAAGGGAAGGAUAAGGUGCAUAGUCAUUUUGAUCGGUCCUUGGAGAGCGGUCCGUAUACGCUCAAGUAUCGUGGCAGUAUGUGGGGAUAUAAGCGUUUUUUCCGACGAGCAAUGCUCGAAUCAUCAGAUUACCUGAAAGAUGAUUGCCUGAAAAUCAAUUGUACUGUUGGAGUCGUAGUUUCUGCAAUAGACUGCUCAAGGUUACACUCCAUUCAGGUCCCAGAAUCAGAUAUUGGAGCACAUUUUGGCAUGCUACUGGAUAAUAUGGAAGGAUCAGACAUCACCUUUAAUGUUGCUGGAGAGAAGUUUCCCGCUCAUAAGCUGGUGUUGGCUGCUCGUUCCCCUGCCUUCCGAUCUGAGUUUUUUGAUAAAAUGGUGGAAGAUGAACAAGAGGUUUCUGUUAUGAAUAUGGAGCCCAAGGUUUUUAAGGCUAUGCUGCACUUUGUUUACAGAGAUGCCCUUCCAGAAGAUGAAUUAGUUACUUCUGGUUCUUCCUCUUCUAUAUCUGAAACAUUAACGGCAAAAUUGUUAGCAGCAGCUGAUAAGUAUGAUCUGGGAAGACUCAGGAGGGUGUGCGAGUCUCGUCUCUGCCAGGAUAUAUCUGUAAACUCUGUUUCAAGAGCUCUAGCUCUGGCAGAUCGUUACCACGCCACAGAAUUAAAAGGUGUUUGCCUUCGAUUUGCUGCUGAGAAUCUUGCAGCGGUUAUGCGAUCAGAUGGUUUUGAGUACCUUAAAGAGAACUUUCCUUCACUACAAUCGGAGCUCUUGAAAACUGUUGCAGGCUGCGAGGAGGAUUGUAGUAGUGGGGGAGGCAAGUCCCUAAGUGUUUGGGCUCAACUUUCAGACGGCGGAGAUACAAAUGGUAGGAGGGUAAGACAGAGGACUUGAUGGAUACAGAUGAUGAUUGCCGUUCUUGUUGUAAAAUGGAAGUUGAUCGUCUUUAGGAGAAGCAGGUGAGAUCAUAAAAACUGAAGACAUGCUACAGAAAGCAAAUUAUAACAUAGGCUUGUUUUUUUUUUUUGAACACUGUUGUAAUGUUAAUGCUGCUUGUAGGAUUUUUAUUUUCGAAUUAUGUUCAAAGUUGUGUUUAGGACUGGGGCCAAGUAUUCCAGUACUAUCGGCUGGGCCCGACUAUGCCAGUACUUUGGUUGAUCAGUACUAUUGUAUACUAAUCUUUUUCUCGA